AUGAACCGAGAUCAAUACCCGGAAGACAAGCAGGAGGUGAUGCUUAAGGUUGUGAUACGGCGUGGCCAUGAUGAUAAUGAUGAUCAUCACAACAUGGAGCAAAAGAAGCGAGGCACGACGAAUGCCGACGAUGGGAUUGUCCCCCACUCCAAUGCCAUGGGUGAUGAGCCGAGCACAGCAUUCAACACUCCCAACGGCAGCAGCAACACCACAGACCAGCCCGAAGCAGCAUCAGGAGGCUCGGACCUGUCAGCACUCGAGGCACAGAAAGAGACGCCGACAAGGGACGCCAAUGACGCAGACGAAGUACACUCCGCCUUCGGCAAGCACGAGAAACGCUUUAUCGUGGUGAUGGUAACGCUAGCCUCGUUCUUCUCGCCGCUCUCCGGCCAGAUCUACUACCCGGUGAUGCCCACGCUGGUGGAGAGCUACCACCUCACGACGGCGCUAGUCAACCUGACCAUCACAACAUACAUGAUCCUGCAGGGGCUAGCGCCGAGUUUCAUGGGCACAUUUGCCGACACGGGUGGCCGGCGCCCGGCAUACAUCCUCGCGUUCACCAUCUACACCGCGGCCAACAUCGGGCUCGCCCUGCAGGAUAGCUUUGCGGCGCUGUUGGUGCUGCGCUGUAUCCAGAGCGCUGGCAGUAGCGGUACCGUGUCCUUUGGGUACGGAGUCAUCGCUGAUAUUGCGACGCCGGCUGAGCGCGGCCAGUAUAUCGGACCCAUGGCCGCUGGCAUUAUGGUGGCCCCGGCUAUGGGGCCCGUUGUCGGCGGGCUGCUGGCGAGAUUCUUGGGCUGGCGCAGUGUCUUUUGGUUUCUGGUUAUUAUCAGUGGCGGGUACCUGAUUCUUUUCAUGGUGGCCAUGCCUGAGACGGCGCGCAAGAUCGUUGGCAAUGGCAGUGUCGCGCCCCGGGAGUGGUGGCGCAUGUCGCUGCUGCAGUAUUGGAUGGCGCGGCGUCGUCGUCGGAAUCUCAAGUCUGAUUACAAUGAGCAGACCGGUCGAGAAGGUCGUCGCAGUGCUAGCCCGGCGCGGCCGCGACGGACUACAAAGCUUUCGUUCCCCAACCCGCUCACGUCCGUCGCAGUUCUGUUGGAAAAGGAUGCGCUGAUCAUCAUAUCAUUCGUGGGGCUGGUCAUGUUCUCGAACAUAGCGCUGCUGACGAGCACGCCGAAUCUGUUCGGAAAGUUAUACGGGUUCAACGACCUCCAGAUCGGACUGUGUUUCAUCCCUCUAGGCGCCAGCGCCUGCAUCGGCGCCGUUCUAAACGGCAAGGUAAUCGACUACAACUACCGGCGCACAGCCCGCAAACUGGGAGUCCCCGUCGACCGCAAAAAAGGCGACGACCUGCGUGCCUACCCAAUCGAACACACCCGCCUGCAAACCGUGUUCCCCGUAAUGGCCGUUGGCGUAGCAACCUUCAUCCCCUACGGUUGGGUGCUCCAGCAGCGCGCGCCGCUCGCAGCACCCCUCGCCCUGCAAUUCAUCAUCGGGUUCUGCUUCAUCGCCUCCCUGAACACCCUCAACACGCUCCUGGUGGAUCUGUUCCCGGAUCGGCCCGCCACAGCGGCCGCCGCGUGCAAUCUGGUGCGGUGCUGGCUCGGCGCUGUCGGCGCGGCGGUUAUUGAUCAUAUGCUGCGUGGGAUGGGGUGGGGCUGGUGUUUUGCAUUUUUGGGGCUUUUGAUGGCUCUUGCGAUGGGGUUGCUUUGGGUGGAGAGUCUUUGGGGGAUGCAGUGGCGUGAGAAGAGGGUUGCGAGGAUGGAGCACAGAGAGAAGGAGAAGAUGGAGAAGGCGCGGACUGCGGGCGAUGUGAGGGCCAAUGGUAAGAGCCCUGAUGAUGGAUGUGUUAGUGUUGUGCAUGCUGGAACGGAUCGUCGGGCUGCUGAGGAUCGCACGUAA